UUCAGGGUAUGUAUAGAGUGACUGAGCCAGCUUACUGUGGCUCAAUAUGUUGCUGUUAUCCCGUGGAUGAAGUUUCAGGAUUGGUGUUAACGCAAAUCCUGAAACUACAUUGUGCAGUCUCCUUUAUUUUAGAUGAUGGAGCAUUCAAGAAUCACACUAAUGGGUCUGGGAAACUAUGUCAGCGAGCUUGAGGAGGACCAGGAUGACUGCAGCGAGCUUGAGGAGGACGAGGAGGACCAGGAUGACUGCAGUGAUGACUGUUUUGAGACAGAUAUUUCAGACUCGAGUGACGACGAGGACACAGAAGACGGAGGAGGAGACAAGCUGGUGGAUGGUAUGGCUCCAACUCCGAAACAAAGGAAGCUGGCAAGGCAGGAUGGAUUACGAAAAGCUAAGUCCACUGGGAAAUAUCCCGAGUUCAAGGGUGUAGUUGGUGCUGCAGAUAAAGUUGACCCCUGUAACACUGCAUUCAUAGACUUUGUAAAACUAUUGUGGCCAGAUAGCUUGUGUGAGCACAUAGCCGAGCAAACAAACCUGUAUGCCACACAGUGUGGUGCUAAAAGUUGGAAGGGUACACAUAGAGACGAGAUCUGGGUAUUUAUUGGCAUAAUACUGGAGAUGGGUAUUCAUAGGCUCCCCAAGUAUACUGACUACUGGUCCACAAAUCGGCUCUUAGGAGUACAGGCUGUUAAGGACACCAUGCCUUUCAAUAGAUUUAAAUCCUUGCGGCGCUAUCUCCAUUGUGACGACAAUACGUGCAUAGUUGAUAGCAGAAAGAUAACAAGCAAGAUACAUACAGUUUUGGAAACGCUCAGUACAAACUACUUGGCCAAAUAUCAUCCUAGCCAAGAGCUUUCCGUAGAUGAAAUGAUGAUUAAGUACAAGGGUAGAAAAGGGGGUAAAAUUCAUAUGCCCAGAAAGCCUGUAAAGCUAGGUUUCAAGGUGUGGUGCUGCUCUUGUUCUUGUUGUAGGUAUCUAUGUACGUUUGAUGUGUAUAGUGGUAGGCUCACCGGUUCUUCCGGGACAAAGGUGUCAGAGAAGGGACUUCUGAUGAGGGUAGUGAAGCAAUUAGUUGAGCCUUUUCAUACAAUGAAUCAUGUGGUCUACAUGGACAACUUUUAUACAUCUGGUCCGUUGAUUGUAUACUUACGUAAGCAUGACGUAUUCGUAGUGGGUACAAUGAAAAUGUCAGCCGCUGGUUUCCCCUCAGAUCUAAAGGGUGUGGUACCUCAUAAAGGUGAAUAUGUAUCUAAGACUGUGGAUGGCAUCUGUUACUUUGUGUUCAAUGACCGUAAGGUGGUGUGUUUUGCUAUUAAUGUAUUUCCUGAGACAAUGCCAGGCGCUGUGUUCAGAUUGCAGGCAGAUGGUACUCUAUGCGCACAGAGUGUUCCCCUCUUGUCUCCCUGCCUAUAACUUGUACAUGGGAGGGGUUGACAAUACAGGGCGUAUGAGGAAUACGUAUGGAUAUGAUAGAAAGUGUCGCCGGUAUUGGUUCAGGAUCUUGUUUCAUUUUGUGGAUAUUACUGUUAAUAAUGCGUAUAUUCUGUACAAGCACAAUUGUGUGAGGGUAGGUGAAAAGCCUAAGUGUUUGAAAGGGUUUCGUUUGGAAGUGAUUGGUAGUCUGUUGAGUAUGUCACGUACAUGUGCUAGAGGUGUGUCUGGUCUCAACCUUGGUAAUCCUCCCUCGCAGGACAUCCGUGUGAGUGUCAGCAGAGUGGGACUGAGCAGAGGUAGAUGUCAAAUAGAGUAAGUAACCCAUCUCUUCGCCAGGCACCUAUAAUCGGCGGCUAUUGCACGAAGCACAAGACAAUUUUGCACAAAACUAACUACAUGGAUCUACAGAUGGGUAAGAAAGUAACAGCUCCCCAAAAUUUGGAAAGAAUAACUUGCUUGCGGACGGAAUGGUGGUCAUGAGAAGUGAGCUGCCGAAUGUAUCGAUAAUCGUCAGUGAGACACUUAUCUCCGUCUUUGCACGCUUACCAAGCACUGAAA